AUGACCCCGCGCAAGACUGUUGUGAUCGGUGCUGGCCCGGUGGGUGCUCUCGCAGCUCUGUAUGCGGCAAAUCGUGGUGAUGAUGUCGCUGUGUAUGAACUGAGGAGUGACCUCCGUGAAUCGACAACGACGCCUCUGAACUUCACUAAGUCUAUCAACCUUGCAUUGUCGCAAAGAGGGAUUGAGGCCAUAUUGGCGGCUGGCCACCCGCUGCUUCUUGAUACAGUGCUCCAGGAGACUAUACCUAUGGCAGCACGAAUGGUGCACUAUCGAAAUGCACUUGGUAAGGUCAUAGAGGACUCUCAGCAGUAUGAUGUGCAUGGUCGUUUCCAACGAGCUGUCGAUCGUGGUCUUCUCAACCGAGUCCUCUUGGACGAGCUGGCCAAGAUGGACAACGUCAAAUUGUUCUUCCAACACAAGCUGACAGGCGCUGACUUUCGGCGAAAGAAGGCCUGGUUCGAGGUACAGAGUGACCGAGACGCAGUGGCUGGUCGACGAGCACAAGAAAUAGAGAUCGACUUCGACCUUGUGAUCGGAGCGGAUGGUGCCCACUCCUCGACAAGGUACCACAUGAUGAAGUACGCCCUCAUGGACUAUCAGCAAGAGUACAUCGACUGCCUAUGGUGUGAGUUCAGCAUGACACCAUCAACUACAGACGACUAUCGCAUCUCUCCUAAUCAUCUCCACAUCUGGCCUGGUGGCAGCUUCAUGUUCAUCGCUCUUCCUAACCUCGACAAGUCCUUCACAUGUACAUUAUUUGCACCAGUCGCAACAUUCACGGACUUAGAGAAAGCCUCGGACUCAGAUCUGGUACAUUUUUUCGACAAACACUUCCCAAACGUAACCGACCACAUCGACUCCGCCAGCCUCAGCGCCCAAUUCCGCCGCAAUCCUCAUCUACCCCUGAUCAAUAUCAAGUGCUCUCCACACCACUUCUCCGAUUCAGCCGUCAUAGUCGGCGAUGCAGCCAACGCCAUCGUCCCGUUCUACGGACAAGGCAUGAACGCCGGCUUGGAGUCUGUCCGAAUUCUGUUCGAAGCACUCGACAACCACGAAUCACCCGCUGAGGCACUGGCCGCAUACACCAAGACUCGAACAAAGGACACACACGCCAUCGCAGAUCUUGCGCUCGUCAAUUACAAAGAAAUGCGAUCGUCCGUCACAUCACGCUUCUACAAGCUGCGGAAGUAUAUUGAAGAGACAUUGUACCAUUAUUUUCCUUCUGCGGGCUGGGCGACGCAGUACUCGCGAGUUAGCUUCAGCAACGUGCCGUACAGUCAGGUGAUUGAGCGGUCGAAGUAUCAGGAAAGGGUGCUCAAAAAUGUCCUUGCAUUGUGUGUGUUGGUGCCUGGCAUUGGGAUUGCUUUUCGACUGUCCAGAUAUCAUGGGGUACGGAGGGUGCUAGGCAUCGGACCCUGA